GAUAUUUCUUCUCCAAAUUGGCAAUUUAAUAAUUGUAUAAAUUUAUCUUCAACACCUCGUUCAACAUUAAUUUCUUUAAAUGGAAUAAAAAAGAAAAAUAAUUUUGGAGGAGAAGGACAACAAUUACUUAAAAUUUUGUCCUCAUCUAAUAAUAAAAAUAAAAAUUCUUCAUCUUCACGUCAAAAUAAACAUCAUUUAUUUGAGGUGGAAUAAAUGCAGCACUUAAAUAUAUCGGCACAAAAUAGCAAUCACAAAAUUAUUAAAUGCACAAAGGAACGAAGCGUAGUUAGAGUAUCUCCUCCAGCACCAAUUCAACGUAGAGAAGUUGUUAGAAGAGAAGUAAUUAAGGCCCCAACAACUAAACACACAGUUCACCGAAUAGAAGAAAAGAAACGAACAGAGGAAGUUGAACGUCGUGUUGUUCGUCGGGAACGUCGUCAUAAAAGUCGUCGUGUUCAUCGUGGAUAUCAUAGCAGUGGUGUGGCUAGUGGCGGUCAUGAUUAUCAUUAUGGAUCUUGGGGUGGAAGAGGAGGAGGAUGGGGAAGUGGUGGUGGAGGAGGAUAUCGAAGCAGAUCAGCUUCACGUCGAAGUGGUUAUGCCAACGGUUAUUCUGAUGGUUUUGGAGAACGUCAUUUACCUAUUAGUUAUGAGGGUGGAGGUAGACGAAGUGGAGGUUUUGAUUCUGAACGACAUUUUGCUGCACAGAAUGGACAUGCACGUUAUGGUUCGGUGACUGAUAGUCUUCGUCGUGGAGAUGCAAAAUAUAUGCCAAAUGGGGAAUUAAAAAUUAAUGGAACUGGGACUUUAAAACAUCAUCGUGUCCAUAAAGCACACUCUACUAGAGAUGUUUACCAUCAUGAUGAAGGGGCAGAUACAGGCAGUCGCCACUCUUUUUAUCAACAUCGAGAGCCAUUCAUUGAAUUUCCUCCUUCGAUAGAUCGCCGUUCAGAGUGGUCAGUUCCUCCAGAACCUCCAUCACAUCGUCGACAUGCCAUCGACGAAUUUUGUGGCGGGCAACUGACAAAAGCACGUUCUUUUGCUGAUUGGGGAGAGGAGGGGCGUGGUCGAAGUGUUUUUGGAAGUAGAGGGUACGAUGAAGAUAUGGCAAGAUUAGAAAAUGAAUUUCGUGAUGCACGUCUAAUGAGAAUACCAAGUGGGAAUAUGUAUGAAAAACAACAUCAUCACAGGGAAAUACCUGGAGGUUAUGAAACCUAUGAACGUGAGGUUAAAGCACAUUCUGAUAGAAAAUUAGAUGGAGGGGGAGGAGGGGGUUUUGGAACUCCUAAUAAUGGAGAACUUAGAAGUAGAGAUGUUAGCCAAGUUAGUGUGAAACACGAAAGUGGGUUGCCACCAAAAUGA